AUGUUCUCUGUUGCACGUCUUACUGAUGAUUUUCCGCUGGAUCGACGUUCUUGUCAAUUGCUUGGUCCGACUGCCUUGGUUGUCCAGGCGCUCAUGGGCGUGCUCGUAAUACUUUCGCUCGUGUAUAAGAGGCACCGUGAACCACAGAAACGACCUUGGAGGAUAUGGCUCUUCGAUGUAUCCAAGCAAAUUGUUGGACAGAUGUUUGUACACGGUGUCAAUGUUCUGAUAUCCGACCUUGGUUCACAUCACAAUGCCGGCAAUGCCUGCACUUACUAUUUUCUUAAUGUCCUCGUCGAUACUACUCUCGGUGUUGCUAUAAUAUACGUCGUCCACCAUGGUCUCACAUACCUCUUGGCAAAGAAACUCCGCCUCAAAGGCUACGAGUCGGGGCAGUAUGGUUCCCCACCGUCAAUAGCGUAUUGGGCGCGUCAAGCCGCAGUCUACGUUUUUGCGUUGAUGUCAAUGAAAAUGCUUGUUGUGGGGUUAUUUACGGCGUGGCCAGGAAUAUCGAAAGUGGGAGACUGGUUGCUCAGCUGGACUGCUAUCGGUAAGGGCGAUGCCUUUCAAAUUAUAUUCGUCAUGGGUCUCUUCCCUAUCAUCAUGAACAUCCUUCAAUUCUGGCUCAUUGAUUCCAUUGUUAAAGCUUCUUCAAGCUCCGCUGAACUUCCCACAAAUUCACCCCGUAUGUCUGAUGUGCAUGACCGAGAACCGCUUUUUCAUGCACCAGAAGACGACGAGGACGAUGUUCAUUGCGACAUAGAGAAUCCUCAACUCCCUCACAUAAGGAUGCCAACUGGAGAUGAUGCAGAAACGAUAGUUGCAUCUGAAGACUCCAAGGGAAAAUUCAGUGAAAGCACUUCUCCAUCAUCGAUAUUCCAGUCUACUACUCCAUCUUCUCUCGUGCCCCACGAUUAUCCUCCAAGUGUCGGAAGUUUGUCAUCUCAAAGCUCCCGCUCUCGGCACAAGUACAAGCGUUCUCCGCCAUCUCCACUUGAGUUCCAAACGUCUCAUAUGCCAGCAAUCAACUCCUCCGAUCCACCUCGAUCGUCAGAUGUGGAUUGCAGCGCAUCGGAAAGAGAGGAUUGUGCUGAGCGAGUAGAGGAUGAGGAACGGGCUGGCACACGGACUGAACAGACCAAGGGUAUUGUCAAUAAGAUUUGGCACCAUACGUUUGGGACCUUGUGA